AUGAACAAUUCUAGCACUGACGAUAUACCGCUAGAUGUUCUUUAUGGAGAACGUACAGAUCAAACUUCAAAAUCAAUAAAGAAAAAACAUGCUACAGACGAUGUUUCCUGCGCUGCCUGCUCCGCCAUAAUCAUUUCUUCUUUAUCAUUAGGUGCUGCAAUUUAUGGAAUAAUUAAUUCUGAUAAUGAUUUAUCGAGAUUAUUGAGUGUUGUGACAACUGUUUUAUUAUCUUGUGUAUUGAUAAUUAGUAUUCUUCGUGUUUUAUUUCCUUCUAGUAAUGAGGAAGAAAUAGAACUCGGUGAUGGUGCUGUAGAAACAGUUGGAGAUAUAGUAAAUAGUGUGAUGUAA